GUAUCUUUGUUUUGUUGGCUUUGUUGUGAAAUUGGCUUACUGUUGCAAUGCCAAAAUAUUUGAUUGUACAGUUAUUUCCAUUGAUAAUGAUAUCUAUGUGUAUGUAUGUGUGUAGGUUUUUAUAUUGUCGAAACAGGUGAACGCUUUCAACUUAUUCCUUGCUCAAACGAGACAGAAACGAAUGGCAGAGUAAAUGGUAACUGUCGGGCUAGUGGCUUUCAUUGAAGCAAGUUUACUAUAUAUGUACAUAUGUAUGUAGUCUCCAGGCAGUUGGUGCAGCUUUAUCUGGGACCUCCCUCAGCACAGUAUGGCGUGAAUGCCACACAUACAUAACCCAACGCAUAUCUAUAUACAUAUGUAUAUGUGUGUGUGACUAUGUCGAAGGCAAUUCUUAAUCAUCUUUAUAUGUAUUAUGUUCAGAGACGGUUCACGUAACGGCAAAUUCAGUUUGUUUUGUGGACAAAGCGCGUGGGGGAAUGAUGUCACUUAGUAAGGCUGCGGACGAUCGAUUAAUCCAGCAGCCCAAAUCAACGACCAUCGUGAAAUAUGAGAAAUCGUCGUGUCUCUUCUGCAACGAGUGGUUCGACGCCCAGACUUUUACGGAACACCUCAUACACUGCGGCCAAGUGCUAGAGGAGUGUCCAAACAGCUGUAACGUGUUCAUACCUCGCAUCCGUAUGCGAUCCCAUCUGAAAGAGUGUCAGCGCGGCAAGCAUCAGCAGAAAAUGCAGCGUCUCACUGCCAGCAUGGAGCGCUUGGAUCAAUUUGCCGAUCACCGUGUCCAGGUGCUAGAACAGGACAUAUCAACUAUACGUUCCGUGCUCAAUGAGGAAAUACGACAGCGUCUGCAUCUGAUCACGGACGUAGGCAACAUACGAAAACACAAUAAUGUGGUCGAGGACUGGACCCGGGAAACGGACGACUGUAUCGCCGAGCUACGGCAGCAGCUCGACGAGGAAAGGGCACAGCGCACAUUAGCCACAGAGCAAAACCAAGUGGAUUUUCAAUAUUGUUGCAGCAUAACCCAGUCGAUUUCUAUAAAGUCGCUGAAGGAACAAUUGGAAACGAAAAUGAACGAUUUGCAACAGUAUAUUAACCAACUGUCCUCGGAUGUGAGCUUCCAUCAGAACCAGCUGAAUGAUAAUAUUAUGAAGUUGGAGGAAAUUGUUUUUGAAAAUGAGAGGAUCAAUCAUGAUAAGUUUAUGCGGAUCGAGCAGUUUCUACAGGAAAUCAACGAGGAUAUUAAAAUUAAGUUGGGCUCCUCGGAUCUAUCCACCUCGAAGCAAGCCACAUUGGACUACGAAGUCAAAAAUGUGAAGAGUAUUAUGUGUGAAACUGAAGAGCGGUGCGAUAAGCUCCAAAGCAUUAUCCAAGAUCUCGAUAAGGCACUUCAUCAAACAAUGCAAAGCAUUUCGGACAUCGAGAACCAGAUGGCCAUGCAGCAGCGCAUUGCAAGCGUUCAGAAUAUAAGAGGUCAUCUGAUUUGGCGCAUUAAGGACUAUUCAAAGAAAUUAGAGGAGGCCAAGCAGUAUGAUACCAUACUGCAUAGUGCCAUGUUCUCCAACAAGGCUUUUGGAUACGCCUUGCGUCUGGAUAUCUAUUUAAAUGGCAAGGGUACUUGGAAAGGACGCAAUCUAAUUGCAUGCUUAAAUGUGCUAUCUGGCGAAUAUGAUCCACUUCUGAAUUGGCCAUGUCGCCUGCAGGCCGAGAUCAUUAUACGGGAUCAAAGUGGAGUAGCGUUGGAGGCACAGGACUAUGUCAAGACGAUCUACGUGCGAAAGAAGAGCGAUGAUUAUAUACAGAGUAAUCAGUACUUCCAUAUACCACACAAGGUCAUCACCAGUCGCAACUAUUUACGUAACGAUUCGCUCUUCGUCGAAGUGCGGGUUCUCAAAUAAAUGCAGAAUAUUAAAUAGUCAAAAAAUUCAUUCACAAAAACUAACUUUAGCCUAUAUUUACAUAAAUUUCUAAUAAAAAUAAUCAUAUAUAUCUUUA